AUGGGUAGAGCAAAGAUAGAGAUAAAGUUUAUAGAGAACACACCUAAUAGACAAGUAACUUACUGCAAGAGAAGGUCAGGGAUUAUGAAGAAAGCUAAUGAUCUAACCAUUCUUUGCGAUGCUCAAGUUUGUGUCAUCAUGUUCUCUAAUACUGGAAAACUUCAUGUAUAUGUUAGUCCUUCUAAUACAUUAAAGAAGUUUUUUGAUAGGUAUCAAAGGGAGACUUGUACAGAUAUAUGGGAAGCUGAACUUGAGGCAUUGGAAGAAGAAUUGAAAACACAGCAGGAGAUUGGAAGUAGACUAAAGAAAGAGAUCAGGCAGAGGACUGGACAAGACGACUUGAGUGAAUUCAGCAUUGAAGAACUGGGCGGCCUUGAGAAAGAUUUGGCUAGGUGUUUGAAAAUCCUUCGGGAAAGGAAGGUAAAUGUAAUGUCAUCUGCAAUGCUAUCCUAG